UUAACCCCAACUUUUUCUCGGGGUUUGAAGGAAUCGAUCCUUCUGCUUGAAUGCGACCGUAUCAUUACUGGGAGUCGUCUUUCUUGGCAGCGCUCAUUCGAAAAUGCUCCUCCGUCACCUCGCUCAGGGAGGCGCGUCGUCUCCACGCUCUCAUCCUCACCGCCGCCCCCAAUCCCGGGUCCCCUUUCCUCAACAACAAUCUUAUCUCAAUGUACUCGAGAUGCGGCUCGAUGGACGACGCACGGCAACUGUUCGACAGAAUGCCCCUGAGAACCACUGUCUCUUACAAUGCUGCGAUCACAGCCUACUCUCGGGCCCCUGGUCACGCCUUCUCCGCGUUUGAGUUGCUCACCGAGAUGGGGGCUCAAGGGCUUUUGCCUGACGCUGUGACUUUCACAAGCUUGAUCCAAGCUUCGACCGCGCUCGGGGUUCGGUUUUUAGGAUCAUCGCUUCAUGGGCGUGUUGUAAAAAUGGGGUUUCUCGAAGAUAGGUGCAUUCAGACAUCUGUACUCGGAAUGUACUCGAGCUAUGGGGAUUUGGAGUCUGCUGAGAGAGUUUUCAGGUUCAUGGUUGAGAAGGAUGCGGUUGCGUGGAAUUCAAUGAUUCUUGGGAACUUGAGGAAUGAAAGAGUUGAAGAAGGGCUCCGUGUUUUCCUGGAAAUGUUAGUUGCUGGUGUUUCUCCUACACCAUUCACGUACUCGAUGGUCUUGAACGCGUGCUCGAGGUCGGGGGAUCACAUCUCCGGGAGGCUCGUCCACGGGCAAAUUAUCACUUCUGAUAGUGAAACUGAUUUGCCUUUGCAAAAUGCGUUGCUCGACAUGUACUGCAGCUGCAGGGACACCAGCACAGCCGCAAUUGUCUUCAGUAAGAUGGAGAAUCCUGAUUUAGUUUCAUGGAAUUCCAUCAUCUCUGGGUACGCUGAGAAUGGAUAUGGCGAUAUGGCCAUAGAGGUUUUCAUCAUGUUGCGGAGAAAUUCAUCUUGUGAACCAGAUGAAUACACUUUUGCUGCUGCCCUUCAUGGGUCCAGUGCUCUGUCUACUGAUCAUUGUGGUAGAAUUCUUCAUGGUCAAGUUAUCAGAGGAGGUUUUGAGUGUAGCGUCUAUGUUGGAAGUACGCUCGUGUCCAUGUACUUCAGCAGCAGCGAGAAUGAAUCAGCUAGAAAGGUUUUCAAUUGUUUGUCAGAGAAAGACAUCGUUCUCUGGACAGAGAUGAUCACAGCUCACUCAAGGAUGGGCGAUGCGGAGGGCUCAAUAAAGUUUUUCUUCGACAUGUUUGCGGAAGGACGGCAUAAGGUCGAUAGCUUUGCUCUGAGUGGAGCUUUAAGUUCUUGUGGCAACCUGGCAAUUUUGAAACAAGGGGAGAUGAUCCAUUCCCAAGCUAUAAAAACAGGGAACAAUAUCGAUGAUGCUGUGUCUGGCAGUUUGAUUGAUAUGUACGCCAAAAACGGUAACCUCCAAGCUGCUGAAUCGAUAUUUUCAUCAGUUUCGAGCCCUGACUUGAAGUGCUGGAAUUCGAUGGUUGGAGGAUAUAGUAACCACGGUCUUCCCGAGAAAGCACUUGCGCUCUUUGAGAAGAUACUCCUACAGGGUAUGAUUCCGGAUCAAGUUACAUUUCUAUCUGUGCUGUCUGCCUGCAGCCACAGUUGUUUGGUAGAAAAGGGAAAGUCCCUGUGGAAUUACAUGCGAAGUUAUGGGGUCAAACCAGGCCCGAAGCAUUACUCUUGUAUGGUUAGUUUACUAAGUCGAGCAGGAUUGGUUAAUGAAGCAGAAAAAAUAAUAGUUGAAUCACCAUUCUGUGAAGGUCGUAUAGAACUGUGGAGGACCCUGCUGAGCUCUUGUGUUGAGAACCGGAAUUUACAAGCGGGAGUUCAUGCAGCAGAACAGGUCCUGGGUUAUGAUCCAGGAGAUUCUCCAACUCUCAUCUUGCUCUCGAGCCUAUAUGCUGCUUUAGGGAAAUGGGAUCAAGCCGCUGAAACCAGGCAAAAGAUGAGAGGGUUGGAAACAGAUAAAAGGCCGGGGCUGAGCUGGAUCGAGGCCAACAGGAUUGUGCAUGUUUUCUCUUCUGGUGAUCAAUCGCACCCUAAUCUCGAUGAAACCCACUUUGAACUCCUGAGGCUUCACGGGAACAUGGUUAGGCCAGAAGAUGAUGUGUUUGGGACAAGGAUUCAUCAUCAACAGAACUACUGAACUCAACGUUCGUAUUGCUUCGGGAUGUUUACAGUGCAUAUCGAGGCCAACAGGAGUGAACCCUUGACGUUGGGUGAUUCACAAAGUGGAGAAGGGUCGAGUAAAUUUAAUCAUUGGUUUUCCCAUAGGAAGUUUCCCCAAUCCAUGCAAGAAAGAUGGUAAUAUGUUUAUGAUCAUCGUGGAGCGCCAGCAACAUUGGGUGAGGAUGGUGGCUAGCACACGGUAAGCCCUCGCCACGCUAGAACCGUUGAGGAAAAAAAAGGCACUGAAUCAUAUAUAAUAUGAAGCUUUUCCUUCGAUCAAGGAUUUGCAAUCGCAACCAAAUGGGCCACAUUUUCUGUGAGUAGACCGAACAGAAAAAUAUAAAUAAAAAGGUCACAUUGAGGAACCAGUAAGAUGAAGGAGUGUGUUUAGGGAGAAAAACCAACCUCUGAGAGGUAGGAACCAAUGUUAUGGAGUCGUGGGCCUCAUUCCCAGGUUCCGACCCCGGCUGAGUUCGUCAGUCGGAGUGCUGAGCCAGAGGUCAUCGGCGACCUUAGCUAGAAAUUUUAAUAUUUAUUUUUAGAUUUGAUUCUCAUAUAUAUACCGAAGCAUUCGAUGAGUUGCUCAAUAUAAUCAAUUAUAUUCACGUGGAUUGGCGGCCACAAGAUA